CGCUAUGUUAUCAACGUUUGGUAAAGGAGACAUACACGAAAUACAGAAGAGAGGUCUUAUAUUUCCACCUACCAGUUUAUACGGGACUUUUGUAGCGAUUGCUGUACCUAUAGACAUACCGGACAAGAACGUGUUCGUAUCUUACAACUUCGAGUCUAAUUACAGUGUGGUCACAAAUAUCACUGAAAUAGAUGAAGUACUAUUUCCUAAUCUACCAAUCAUCAGUUCUCGUCAAACCAGAAGUAUCACAAGGGAAUUAGCGUACACAGUUCUCGAGGCAAGAUUUAAGCAACACGGUAUGAAUGGCAAGGAGUGUUUGCUGCGGAACAUAUGCGAAGCGGCGGAGACCCCACUACAUCACAACGGCCUGCUCGGACACAUCAUGCACAUCAUAUUCACACCAUCAUCAUCGCGUGAGGAAGGUAUCGACGACGCGUACUACGAAGCAGAAUUAGACGGACAAAAUGGCAACUGCGACAAAUAUCUCGACGACUGCCCUUUCAGUUUAUUUGAUAUUGUGACCCGAUUGGUUGAAACUCGACAUUAGAUUGUACAAU